AUGGUGUCAGUAUCUUCAUACCAUAUUUCCAACAAGGCAUAUGCCAAGAUUCUCUUACAUUCUGCAAAAUACUCUAUGGAUCCAGUCUAUGGUGUCUUGCUUGGCUCUCUUAAUACUGACGGCUCUUCCGAUGGGUCUGUUGUUGUAAGCGAUGUAGUGCCCAUGUUUCACUCGCACUGGAUUCUCUCUCCCUCAAUGCAGUUUGGCAUGGAGCAGAUUGAGAUCUACGCCAAACAGACUGGCCUCGCCAUUGUAGGCUCAUAUUCUGGAAAUGAACUUGCAUCCACUCUAUCAGUCCAGCCUGCAGUUGCCAAGGCUGCGUCAGACAUUGAUGCCCAUUUCCAAGGAGGUGCUCUUCUUCUCAUGCUUGAUGUUGCUUGCAUCAAAAAACAAACCUUUGCUGUCAUUCCAUUGACUCUUCAAAACACUACCUGGAAACCCCUCAACAACACACCAGCAACACAUGAUGAUGAUUGUCACUCUUAUGCCAUGGGAUUAAUCAAACGCAGUCUAUAUAAUCAGAUCUAUGACCUGGAUAACCAUUUGGAGGACAUUUCACUCAACUGGCUCACGAACAAUGCCUUGAAGAUUUAAAUCUUUUAUGAUUACCACUGCUAGUUUAAUAUAUGCACUGUUGAUAUUUUAGU